UUCAAGAAAAAGCAACAAUUAAUUAUAUCAUUUUGUCUUUAAUCAGUAAUUGGUUAAAUUAUUCUUUUUUUCUGGGGUGCUAAAUAUUGAGAAUAAGAACUUGGUUGCUAAAUAGUUGACAAAAAAAAUCUAAUGGUGGUGGGGAAGAUUGAUAUGGCUUGGUUUACUGUCAAUAAAAAGAAAAUUCUCUUCUAUUUUUACAUCUUUUUAUUCCUUGGUUGCAUCCUUCUAGUUCGACGCUUCGAUCACACCGUGCCUUCAAUUAAGAUCACAAAUCACAGCAAUUCACCAGAUUCAAGCAACAAAAACAUCCCAACCUCAGUUCAAAACACACCAAAAAUUGUAAUACAUUCAUCAAAACCAACAGAAUACCCCCUCAUUUGUUCAAGCACAAACCAAACUUGCCUUAAAAACAACUACCCAACCACAAAAGAAGUCAGUGAGGCAAAUAUCAUAUCAUCCUCAAUCGACUCGUGCCCGAAUUACUUUCGAUGGAUCCACGAAGAUUUGCGACCUUGGAUAUUCCUUUCCCAGAUUGGUCUUUUUGGGGUUGGCAUGAGAAAAACAUAAAGCCAUGGGAGACCCAAUUGAAUGACACAAUUGAAGGCAACCAAAAAGUGAAAUGGGUAAACAGAGUGCCCUAUGCUUAUUGGAAAGGUAAUUCUUUAACAGGAAGCAGAAGAGACCUUCUUAGAUGCAAUUCGACUCGAGCGAAAGCUCAGAUUUAUGAUCAGAGUUCAUCAAAGGAAGUUAAUCAUGGCUUUGAACAAUCAAACAUGGCAGAUCAAUGCACCCACCGGUACAAAAUAUACAUGGAAGGAAAAGCAUGGUCGACGAGUGAGAAAUACAUACAAGCUUGUGAUUCAAUGUUACUGCUAGUACAACCACAAUACUAUGAGUUUUAUACAAGAAGUUUGCUACCAUUGAAACAAUAUUGGCCUAUUAAUCCCUCCAAAUUAUGUGAAUCCAUCAAAUUUGCUGUUACUUGGGGAAAUAAACAUCCAAACAAGGCACAAGAGAUAGCAAAGGGUGGAAGCAAGUUCAUAACAGAGGAGUUAAACAUGAGAUACAUUUAUGAUUACAUGUUUCAUUUGUUAAAUGAAUAUGGAAAACUCAUGAAAUACAAGCCAACUAUUCCUCCAAAUGCUGUAGAAGUUUGUACAGAAACAAUGGCUUGCAAAACUUCUGCCAAAGAAAAAGAGUGGAAAUUAAAUUCCCUUGUAAAAUCUCCUUCCCAAAUAAGCCCUUGUUCAAUUCCUCCUGCUUAUGAUCCUCAUCAUCUUCAAACAUUUCUUAAUACUAAAGAGGAGAUUUUUAGGGAUGUUGAGGGAUUGAGUAGAGUAGGAUGAUACUUAAAUUUUGUUUAGAUUGAGUAUUAUAUACGGAGUAUUGUCCAAUUUUGUAAAUAAGCACCUUUUUUCAGGGGAAAUUAUUGGUUACGGAUUAGUUUUGUAACUAAAUAUAAAAAAGGCUUAAGUGGCUUGUUACUAGCUCUCUUAUACGAAGUUUUUAUUUUUUCAAUUCAUUUUCUAA